GACGCAGUGAUAACGAAACCGCGUGGACAGAGCUCACGAGUGAAUGUCAAACAAAUCUGGUCGACCAACGAUGAAAUCUGUCAAGAAACGUGUUUAGUGAGCAGUUAGUUUGUGUCUGGCAACUAUCACAGGGGUGUCUUAUCCGGUUUGUGGUAAAAACAUGGCAACUGCUGUUUAUUUUUCUGGACGAUCGUGUUUGCAACGUUUUUUAUCGCACAGAACUUGUAACACCAGCAUUACUUGUGCAAGACUUGUAAGAAGAAAAAGUGCCUGUCAAACGACACAAACUGUUAGAAUUUAUCACCGUCCUUGCAACUUUGAAAACUAUCGGCCCUACCUUCAAAGACGUUCGUAUUCAUCUCUUGUCUCGAAAACAUGCCCAGUUUUUUGUCAUCUUCGAAACCCCAGAGCACCUUGUGUUGGGGGAUUGUGUAUAGGCUUCCCUGGGGACAGAACGCAGAGGUUUCGUCCCUUCCGCACCACCCCACGGGCAUACAUUCCUCCCUUCAUCUGGGUAUUUCUGCAACCAGUUGCCAAGUUAACGGCUUUACUCACAGGCCGAUCUUUUCGGAAAUGGCACAAAAUGCUACCAGAACACAAGAAAAUCUUAACGUGGGCUAAUGUCAGAAAGCACUGGUACUGGCUGGUGUUUGCUGGUCUGGCGUGCUCGGGGUUGAUAUAUGCCUACUACCUGAGUCAUCUACAGGAAACACCAGUCACGCACAGAAUCCGCUUCAUUGUUGUCACCGAUGAACAGUUCAUCAAAAUAGCACAGCACCAAGCAGAGACAUUUGUGCAGAAGUAUGCUGAUAUAUGCUUGCCAACCUCGCACCCAUAUUACAAAAGCGUUGUGGAGAUCACCAGGCGAUUGGUGUCCAGCAACCAUGAUUUCCCGCGGAUCAAGGAGCGCACGUGGACCGUCAACAUCGUGGAUGAUCCGGAGAGAAAUGCAUUUGUGUUACCUACAGGUCACAUUUUCGUGUUCACGGGCCUGAUAAAGACGACAGAUAAUGAAGAUCAGCUGGCCGCUGUGAUCGGACAUGAGCUGGCCCAUGCUCUUCUCUCACACGCUGCUGAACAACUAAGCUUUGCCCAACUUGUGGACUGGAUGAUCAUUGCUGUAAUGGCUGCUAUCUGGGCCGUCAUGCCUACUGACGGAAUUGCCGUAGUCACACAGUGGUUCUACAAUAAAGUGGUGGAUUUCACCCUUCAUCUGCCUUACAGCAGGAAGCUAGAGUCAGAAGCUGAUAAAGUAGGACUUCAGCUGUGUGCUAAGGCGUGUUUUGACGUGCGAGAAAGCUCUGCCUUUUGGACCAUCAUGGACUGCCUGGCUCGUCUGGAGGGGGCCAAGACUCCGGAGUGGCUGUCCACACACCCCGCCAACGACACACGUGUUAAGCACCUCGACUUCAUCAUGCCCAAGAUGAUAGAGCAGAGGGCUGCAUGCUCCUGUCCACAACUCCCAGCCCUUGACCCACGGGACAGAGUUUUACCAGUAAAGAAAAAGACAGACUCGGUUGUGAGGGCAUUGCAGACAGGAGUGAACCUACAGCAGGUGCAUGUGGUUAAGCCCAGGACCCCUCAGUCAGCUUAACAUGUGUCGGACAGCUAUGUAGACCGUCAAUAUUCCCCGCUCUAAUAAUCUGUGGAUGGCAGAUGACA